UCCUUUCUUUUUAGUUCUUUUUUGUCUUAUAUUAUUGCUUCUCUGAUUGUAUAUUCAUGAACUUAGUUUUCUCAGGUUGAAUUAAAAAAAAAAAAGGAAAAAAAAAGAAGAAGGAUAGCAGCAAUGCAUGUUUGUAGGCAAAGGCAUUCAAGAAGUGUUUCUGGGGUGCAUCAAGAUGUGUUGAGUAUUUCGCCUCGUUUGUCGACUUAUAAUUCUAAAAUCAGUUUGGAGAGAAAACUGCAUGACCGGAAUUCAUCAUUCACCGAAAAAAUGGUUUCAGGAUGCAAUUCCAGCAAUUCAAUUGGUUCUUCAAAGGAUCUCAAUCCAAAGCCAACUUCAGAGCUAGUGAAAGAGAUUGCAACACUUGAAUUGGAGGUCAUAAAUUUGGAAAGAUACCUACUCUCAUUGUAUCGAACCGCAUUUGACCAAUAUCGAGUGAACUCUCAACUAGAAUGCAUUGAGGAAUCCAGCCAACAAAAGUCUAAACUCCACAUCGAAUAUCUAAACUCUUGUGAAGUUAAUUCUGAUCAUCAGGCCAGUAAAGAAGCGAUUCGCAAUGUUGUAAAUGAAAUUCAGAAGAAAAGAGACAUCGAUAUCAGGCAUGCCGGAAAUAUUUCUGCUCAUGAUUUAGCUUCCACUUCAAACAUGUCUAAUGUCCCUUUCGAAAGAGACGAACCUUACAAAUGUGAGACGAAGAGCAUUUCAAGCCAUCGAAGUCUUGCAGAUCAUAUGGGAGCUUCUCUUAUGGACCAUGUACCUAAUUUCCCUUGCAGAAUUUCUGAAGAGAUUGUGAGAUGCAUUGCUGCUAUUUACUGCAAACUCGCAAAUCAUCCUCCGGUGCAGCAGACUGAAUUACCCGUGUCGCCUACUCUAUCACUGUCCACUUCGAGCACUUACUCUCCGCAAGAUCCUAAUGAUAAUUGGAGUCCUCGAUGCAACUUUGAGACUACAUCGAGCCCUCCUCGGUUAUGUAAUCCAUACAGUAAUAUGAUAGAGGUUCCGAAAAUAACUGUAGAUGAAGACAAGUUUGAUUAUGCAUCAAAAAUGCUGAACAUUUUCAGAUCACUUAUAAAACAACUUGAAGUUGUUAAUCCGAGAAAGAUGAAGCAUGAGCAGCAGCUUGCCUUUUGGAUAAACAUUCACAAUGCCUUAGUGAUGCAUGCAUUUUUAGCCUAUGGUCUUCAUCAGAACAUGAUGAAAAGUACAUUCUCAAUCCUGAAGGCAGCUUACAAUAUUGGUGGACAAUCAAUAAAUGUUUACGACAUUCAAAACUCGAUCUUGAGAUGCCAAUCUCAUCGUCCAUCGACAUGGCUACAAGCAUUGUACACAACAGCCAUUAGUUUCAAGAAACCGAAUGACAAACACUCGUACGCGCUCGAUCAUCCAGAGCCACUUGCUCAUUUCACUCUAUCAUCAGGAGCUUAUUCAGAUCCUGCAGUUCGAGUUUACACUGCCAAGAGUGUGCAUCAAGAGAUGAAGCAAGCAAGGGAAGAAUUCAUACAAUCAAACACACAGAUAAAAAAUGAAAGAAAGAUCAACUUGCCAAAGCUUUUACACUACUACACAAAAGAUGCUUCUUUGGAGUUACCUGAAUUACUAAAAAUCAUCUGUGAUUGUUUACCAUUAUCACAACAGAAACUCAUGCAAAGAUGUCUCAAAGGAAGAACUGUUGAAAAGUGCAUUGAAUGGUCACCAUACAAAACAACAUUCAGAUUUCUUCUGCACAGAGAUUUGGAUAAACAGAAGAAAUCCUUGCACAAUAUUUAUCAGCUAUGACAUCGAUAAAAAAAAAAACAUCGGCUUUUCUUCACAUUCUUCAAUGUAUUUAGUGAGUGAAUGUUGUUCAAGUUCAACUUCAACCAAUGCUUGAAAUUGUAUCAGUUUUCAGUUGUUCCCUGUGUGAAUAUGUACAUGAGAAAUGGUUUGUGAGUGUUAUUGUUAUUGAUUUAAACCUCAAUGAAUUGCUUAAAGUUUUCUUCAA